UUCGAGUGUAAAGUGAUUCGGCCGUGUGCACAUGUGUGGUUUACAAUGAGUUUUUGAGGUGAAUUUUGUGGAAAUAGACUAGAGUGAUAUAAAAAUGGGGCGCAGGUCGAUUAAUACCACUAAAAGUGGUAAAUACAUGAACCCCACGGACCAAGCCAGAAAAGAAGCCCGGAAGCAAGAAUUAAAAAAGAACAAGAAGCAAAGACAGAUGGUGCGUGCUGCUGUCUUGAAAGGAAAAGACCCCCAACAGAUUUUAGAAGAAAUGGAGAAAAUUGACCAAAUGGAGUAUAAUGUUUAUCAGCCGUCGCCCUUAAACGAGAAAGUCCUGAAAGAUAAGCGAAAAAAGCUCAGGGAUACGUUAGAUCGCGUCCUUAGUAUGUAUUAUAAAGACGAUCCGGACAAGUGGGCCGAUUUGAAACGAAGACAAGCCGACUAUGAGCAUAAAAGAAACCAGUUGGUUGCAUUUUACGAGUCUGUUAAAAGUGCACAACAAGUCCAAGUUGACGAAAUUCCUCUCCCACAACUCCCCCAACAAGCUACCAACGCCCCAGCGCAAAUCCCCCUACCUUCGGAGCGGAAACAAGAACACACGAUUUAUUCCAUAGCCACUGCGUUAAAACUCCAAGCCUUGGGUCAACCUGUGCGUGAGCCCCCUGGCUGUCCUCCCGGCCCCCCACCUGACAUAACCGACGACGGCGAAGUCGACGACUUUGAGGAGGAAAAAGAGGAAACGACCGAAGACUCCACCGACAUUGACCCCGCCUCCAAGCCCACCUCCCUCCAACAGAAAAUGGUGGCUUUAUCCGGGCAAAAUGUCGACGAUUUUAUGAAAGAAAUGGAAGUCGUCCAGAAAAAACUCGAGACUAAAGAGGACGAAACUAGGAAAAGCCAUCUUGAACCGCUCAUACCUCCCGGUACGGACCUCCCCCAACCCCCCGCCCCGCUUCUCUUCCCCAAUCCGGGACUGCGAUUACCGCCAGGUCCGCCCCCUGGGCGGCCUUUACUCCCACCAGCGCCCCCACCGGGAUUACCACCGCCGCCUAGAAUGCCACUUAGAAUACCACCGGCGCCGCCUAGGAUGAUUCGCUUGCAUGGGCCGCCGCCUACGCUCCCUGGGGGGCCAUUAGGGACACCGAAUGUGUUGUCAGCAGCCCCGCAACUUAUCAAUCGGGUUGAGGGGGCCAAACAGGGGGCGACGAUCACGGCAAAGCCGCAAAUUCGGAAUUUGAGUGCGGAUGUUACGAGGUUUGUGCCCUCGGCGUUGAGGGUCAAGAGGGAGGAUAAGAAACAUAAACCGAAUACGAGGACGUUGCACGAGUUGAAGCAGAAAGAGUAUCAUUUGCAUCAAAAUGCGCAUCCGGAGCAACAUACCAAGGAUGAUGCCUAUAAACAGUUCAUGGAGGAAAUGCAGACGUUGUUGUAGUUUUUAGUUGUAAUGAAAAAUUACAGGUUCCUGUAAUGCGGAUUUUUUAAACCUUGAUUCAUGCACAAUUGUUAGAGCAACACCUAUAAACAGUUUAAGGUGCAAGUGAAGGCAAAGUUAAUUAACAAAAUUACAGGUUUUUGUAAUUCGGAUUUGCACUCAGUCCUUGAUUUUUGCGUAAUCCUUUACAAAAUAGGGAUCCAGAGCCACUUAUAAAGUAAAAUGUUUAUAAACAGUGUGGAAGAAAUGCGUGGUUUUGAAUUGUAAUAAUUUUAGAAAAUUGCAGGUUCCUGUAAUGCGGAUUUUCACUCAAAUCUUGAUUUUUGCAUAAGUACGGAUCCAAAGCCAGUUUACAAAGGAUAAUAACAUGCAUAGUUUUUAAUUAUAAGAAUUUUAACAAAUUACAGAUUCCUGUAAUGGGGAUUUUAAUCGCAAUUUAAUAAAGUCGCAUUGUAUAUCUUAUAUUUGGCAAAUGGAUAAUACAAACAACGGUACCUA